AUGAUCGCACAAUUGGAACAAAUUCUAAGCGCUUCAGAAUUUCAUCCCUAUUAUGACGGCUGCAUGGAGAAAUGCAUCGUGGAUCGUUACAUUUUACCGCUAUCACAUCACCAACAUCUUGAGCAAGUGGUUUAUGGACAGAUUUUUCCUACGCUCGUGGUGCUAGCCGCUCUGGCCAAUGUCGCUGUGGCUUUGGUGUUGUCGAAGAAAAACAUGGUGUCACCAACAAACGUCGUCCUAAAAUAUAUGGCAAUAGCAGAACUACUUGUUGGUGUCAUACCUCUCCCAUGGACAAUCUUUUUCUACACAAUGGGGAACUACAAUCGAACUUACAAUUUGGAACUGUGGUGGUGCUACCUCAACAAAUAUUCAAUGGACGCGUUUCCUCCUGUAUUCCAUAAUAUAGCAAUGUGGCUAACAGUAUUACUGGCUGGGCAAAGAUAUAUAUCCAUAAGCUACCCAUUGCAUUCUCGUGGAACCAGUAGUGUUAGUAACGUUCGCACAGCGACUGUAAUUAUCGCAGUAAGCUUCAUAUUGUACAGCAUGAAGCUAGUAGACAUGCAUUGUCUGUUCUCCAAUGCUACAAAACGUUUUCUUCAGACUGUGUCUAUUAUGUGCGGUCUUCCCAAAAGUUGUGUUGUCGGACAAACACCUUUACUGCAUCUAAUCGGACAAACGCUCUUCUUUAAUUUGUAUUUCUGGACAAGAGCUAUAGGCUUCAUUAUACUACCUAGUGUACUGUUGGUCAUACUAAACAUUUUGCUGAUAAAAGGCAUUCAAAGAGCUCAAAAAAGAAAGCUUCGUCUUCUAAGAGAGAAACGGCCAGAAGAAGCAGCAAGACAGCGAGACAGUAAUUCUACUAGCUUGAUGCUUGUAGUCAUUGUUUCCCUCUUUUUGGUAGUAAAUUUGCCACAAGCGGCAUUUAUGGGCGUGUUAUGUGUUUGCGAGACAUUUUCUAUCCGAUUUUCUCUUUUGGAAGGAGCAUUUCCAGCCGUCUUCCUUCUGACAAGCAAUAUGCUGGUAAUGGCAACGUAUCCAGUUAAUUUUGGCAUCUACUGCUUCAUGUCAAGCAGCUUCCGGAAGACAUUUAAAUCCUUAUUUUGUUCGUCUUUCCUCGGGAAAUGCAGAAAGAAAAAAGAAUUGAGGAACGUGAAUCGUCGACCAGCAGAAUUCUGGGCACAUUACAUUAGCAUGUUCCGUAAGGAAAAGGAUGAGAUCAUCAUUAGCAUGCCCACACAGGCGACUCCAGCUGCAGCUAUCAAUGCUAUCACGGAAAUUUGCCUCCCCACACAACCGGAGUAUCCUGUAUGA